AUGGCUCACCCUAUGGAAGCAUCCCCGAAGUGGAAGACAUUUCUAUGGAGAGCUAUAAGUGAUAUCCUUCCCAUUAUCAACAAUUUGCUUAUAAAGAGGGUGGAUGUGUUUCCGAUGUGUGCCAUGUGUGGAAUCAGGCAAGAGGACACUAUGCACUCAUUAGUAUCGUGUGGUUAUGCAAGUUCCAUAUGGGCUCAAUCUAACCUUCUACUCCCCAAUAUUGUGACAAAUAUUUUCCAUGAGUGGUUUAGUGCAAUCUUGAAUGUUCUAGACACUGAUGGAAUUAUAUAUGGAGCUGCAAUUCUAUAUCAUAUUUGGAGAGCACGGAAUAGAAGGAAUAGAAUGGUUUGGGAUGCCUGUCUACCACUACCCAUGAAGCUGGUUGCCGUGGCGGCCACCACCAUGCAUGCGUGGCGACGUGUACACUGCACGUUUGCCGAUCGGAAUGCUGCUGACAACACUGCUGCUACCGCCACUGCCGGACCGUCACUGUCUCCACUGCCGGAGCAUGCUGCUACGAUGGACACUGCCGGCAUACGGCCAAGGAAGUGUUACGUAGAUGUCGGGUAUUAUCACGCCAUGAACUCAGCCACGGUAGGUGCAGUAUUACUCGACGCCGACAGAGGAUAUAUCGCGGCGUACAGUGUCCCUUUACAGAGUUGUUUCUCCCAACUCAUGGCCGAUGCGUUCGCGUGCAAAGAAGCUUUAUCAUGGCUACGAGCACGUGGUGAACAUGCUAUCCAGCUUUAUACGGAUUGUCAUACAUUGCAGUGCUAUCUAUCCUCACCAGGGGCUCCACCCAGAUCGUAUAUUGGUUAUGCUAUUUAUGGCUGCAAAGCUUGCAUGUCUACAUUUAAUUUUUCCUAG